ACACCUGCUGCGAAACAUUCUAUCGCUCUGGUUCUCGCCCCUUGGAGAGACCUCGCCCCCCCCCACCCCACCCCCAUUGCCCACUUUCCUGGAUGUGCUGGCCCCUCCGACCCCUCAAAAAUGUCCAAUAACCUACGGAGGGUCUUCCUGAAACCCGCAGAGGAAAAGUCAGGCAACGCCUCGAAGUGUGUUUCAGGCUGCAUGUACCAAGUAGUUCAGACGAUUGGCUCGGAUGGAAAAAAUCUUCUGCAAUUACUUCCAAUUCCUAAUUCUUCUGGAAAUCUUAUACCGCUAGUUCAAUCUUCAGUCAUGUCUGAUGCUUUGAAAGGGAAUACAGGAAGCCCAGUUCAAGUUACUUUUCAGACUCAGAUUUCCAGCUCUUCCACAAGUGCAUCAGUUCAAUUGCCCAUUUUUCAGCCAGCCAGUUCUUCAAACUAUUUUCUAACAAGAACAGUAGAUACAGCAGAAAAAGUUAGAGUUACUUCUGUGGGAACUGAAAAUUUUACCUCAUCAGUUUCUAAAGUUCAGAGUCAUGGUGUGAAAAUUGAUGGACUCACCAUGCAAACAUUUGCUGUUUCUCCCUCCUCAACACAAAACGAUUCACCUUAUAUUUUAGUAAAUACUCAGAGUCUUCCAAUGACUGUGAAGUCUCCAGUUUUGCCUUCUGGGCAUCAUUUACAGAUUCCAGCCCAUGCUGAAGUGAAAUCUGUACCAGCGUCUUCAUUGCCUCCUUCAGUUCAGCAAAAGAUACUUGCAACUGCAACCACAAGUACCUCAGGAACAGUUGAGGCCUCCCAAAUACCAACCGUUAUUUACGUAUCUCCUGUAAACACAGUGAAAAAUGUAGUUACCAAGAACUUUCAAAACAUUUAUCCAAAACCUGUUACAGAAAUAGCAAAGCCAGUGAUUCUAAAUACCACACAAAUGCCAGUGAAUGUUGCUAAAGAGACACAAUUAAAAGGUGGUCAGCAUUCUCAAGCUGCUCCUGUGAAAUGGAUUUUUCAAGAAAAUCUACAGCCUUGCAGUCCAUCUCUUGUUCCUGUUAAGUCUUCAAAUAAUGUGGCUUCCAAGAUUUUAAAAACUUUUGUAGAUAGGAAAAGUUUGGGAGAUAAUACUAUCAAUAUGCCAGCAUUGAGCACUGUCAGUCCUAGUGGGACACAGUCCAAAAGUAUGCCUAUUAAAGAUAAUGCUUUGGUUAUGUUUAAUGGGAAAGUCUAUCUAUUGGCUAAAAAGGGGACAGAUGUUUUGCCAUCACAAAUUGACCAACAGAAUUCUGUUUCUCCUGAUAUUCCACCAAGAAAAGAUACAUCACAGAUAGUGAGUUCAAGCCCAGUCACAGAAAUAUCCAGAGAGGUUGUAAACAUUGUUUUGGCUAAAAGUAAAUCUUACCAGAUGGAAACAAAAUCACUUUCAAAUACUCAGCCUGCUUCCAUGAUCAAUCUAAGGGCAGAGAAGAAUAAAAAAGUGGAGAAACCAUCUCUUUCUACCCCAAACCCACAUAAUAUGAAUCAACCCAUUAACUACUUAAAACAGAGUAAGAUUUUAUUCACAAAGCCAGACUUUCCAGAUGGAUUUAGUACAGUACAGAAUGCCCCCAGAAAAGGAAAUAUCAUCCAGAGCAUAGAGAAAAUAAGUUCCUCUGUUGACGCAACAACUAUCACUUCACAACAGUGUGUUUUCAGAGACCAAGAACCAAAGAUCCAGAAUGAGAUGGCAUCAACAUUAGAAAAAGUUCCUCAAGAGAGGAAUGACAAGAACCAUUCCCAAGGAGGAAGCAAUAAGGUAUCACAUCUGAAGAAUGAUGCUGAAUUUAAAAAGAUAUUUGGUCUCACUAAAGAUUUGAGAGUGUGCCUUACUCGGAUUCCUGAUCAUUUGGGCUCUGGAGAAGGUUUUGAUUCCUUAAGCCGUUUGGUGAAGACCAAUACUUAUAAAGAGACGGAGUUUAUAGAGAAGGAGGAAAAGAAAAAACAGGGUUUUGAUAAGAAAAGAAAAGCAAAAACCGUUAAAAAGAUGGAUCACACAAAGAAGAGAAAAACCGAGAGUGCUUAUAACACAGCUCUAAAUGGUGGAACUAAUGUCACCAAUUCCCAACUUGUCAGCAGUAUUUUACCAACUUCAGAUGUAUCACACCAUAACAUUCUCACAAGCUGCAACAAAACCAGAGAAGAAAAGAAAACUGAGGUUGAACACUGUACCCCUGAGAACCAGCAAAAAGGCACAUUGAGUUUGAAUGUAGCUUUUGAGCAAAGUCAUUCCUUUAAUAAAAGUUAUACUGAAGACAUUUUCCCCAUGACGCCACCAGAGUUAGAGGAAACCAUUCGAGAUGAAAAAAUAAGAAGACUUAAGCAAGUGCUGAGAGAGAAAGAAGCAGCUCUUGAAGAAAUGCGUAAGAAGAUGAACCAGAAAUAAUGAAAUGUUGCUAUUCUUAAAGACUGCAGUGAAAUAGCUGUGUUUUUUUCAUAUACUUUUGCAUUAAGUUAAUUAUAGAUGCAUUAAGGUGUUCUUUGCAUAUGAAACUUGUUUUUUCAUCAGUUGAUUGUUAAAUUUUAUUUAAGGACUACAAAAAAGGUUGAUUCACAUAUGAUUCUUGUGAAUAAUCUACAUGGGGUAUCUGAGUCUUUGUCUAGAUACCUUUUUUUGGAAGGAAAAAUUUUCUAUUUUUCUAUUAUUUUAAUUAGAAAUCCCCGAGUUUGAAUAUUUGUGCAGAGUUUUUGUUAUUGUAUGUUUGCAUCUUUAGUUGAACCACUCAGGUGUUUUUCCAACAGCAGACAAUUAUUAUAUACUAUUGAAAUUAUAUAAUCCAGGAGAGGAAAUUGGCUCUAAAUUUAGCUUUGCCAAUGGUCUUAUGUAUGUACUGAGUCUCUAUGCAUAAAAUGAUGUAAUUGUUGUAAUUUUUUUUUUAAUUUCAUGGAAGAAAAUGUAUAAUAGCAGUAUUAUUUAAAUAUCCAAACAUUUCUCAAGAGUUGAGGGAUACUUGUUUUGUGGCUUUUACAAAGUAGUUUUAUAUAAACCAAAAUGGGUUUUAGAAUUCAGGCUAUAUAAUGUUUGCUUAAAGUGAUACAUUAUUAUUCCUAGGCAAAUGCUUUUUCUUCCUUUUUUGUUUCUUUUUUUUUUUAAUAUGUACAUAUGUAACAGAUUGAGAAGUAAAUCUGAACAAUGGCCACAUAUAAUACUUUUUAAAAUUGUAAAAUGUAGUUAUUCUUAAUGGAGGCAAACAUUUUUCCAUCUGGUUUUGUUUGAUUCGGAGAGGUUGGGAUUUGUGUUGUGGAUAGGGAUUAAUGGGAA